AUGGCUAUAAAGUUCAUCCUUCUCUUUUUUCUCUUUGCGGGUGCAUUUUCCUCUAAUAACAAAGCUGAACAGAAAGAAGAUCCUGCCCCCUACCUGGUAUACUUCAGAUCCUAUAUCAACCCCUGUGUGGGAGUCCUCAUUCAUCAACAAUGGGUAUUGGCAGCUUCUCACUGCUACUUAUCAAAUCUCAUAUUGGUGCUGGGGAAUUUCAAGAUCAGGAUGCAGAACAGAACCGAGCAGAUUUUUAGGCCAACAGAAGUUAUUCGUUACUGGAAUGACAGCGAUGAAUACCAAGAGCAUGACAUCAUGCUGCUUAAGCUGCCCAGACCUGUAACCCUCAACCACCAGGUCCAGCCCAUAGCCCUGCCCACUCGAAACUUCCCUGCAGGUACCCAGUGCACGAUCUCGGGCUUGGACUGGAGCAUGGACAAUCUUGGCAAGCACCCAGACCUGCGGCAAAACAUAAAAGCACCUCUGAUCUCUGAAAAGGAGUGCAAGAAAACCAGGCAAGGAAGGAUCAUCAAGCAUGGGAUAUGUGUCAAGUUUAUGAAGUCAUUCAGCAGACUCUUUGUGGAGCUUGCUGUUGCUACUGUCAUAUGCCAAGACAAGAUUCAAGGGAUAGAAGUAGGGCAUUUCCUAGGACAGAAUAUUGGAGUCUACACUAAUAUUUACUACUAUGUCCCUUGGAUACAGAACAUCAUGUCUACAAGAUGA